CACCAUAGAAUGUUCAGAGUUCUGGGCGUGUGCAUAUUAGAUCUACGUUCCUCAUGACCAGCUUGAUAUUGUUGGACUCCUGCUAUUUGCUGAAUGCAUGGAUUAGCAGUAAACAUCAGUAACAUCAUGACAGGAAGUUUUCUGUUUGACAAAAAAAUUCUUCUCCAACAAAUUUGAAUCCUUGACAAAAAUCGAGAAAGUCUAAUACAGCUUUAAAACAAUUCAUAAUCUGCAUCAGCAAAUAUCUCCAGAAUUGAAAUUUCCAAUUUAACCAGAAUCGGAGUAGGACUACCUACAAUGGGAAACUUGAAACUGAUGACCUGGAAGCAGAUGAACUGAACAGAAAGCAAUGUGGCAGACCAUGAAGAGGGGAGAAAACAUUAUUUUUAUUUUUAUUUUUAUUUUUUGAGCCAUCUUAUCAGCACUUUUGCAAUGGUGUCCAGUUUGGUGCAUAUUUUCUGUGUUGCUGCCAUUUUCUUCCAGAAUAUUGAACUGUGUAUUUGCACUUGUGAACAAGAUGAAUAUGAGAUAAAUGGAGAAUGCUGCCCCAUGUGUUCACCUGGAUACCACAUUGAAAGUCAUUGCACUGAACUCACCGAAACAACCUGUGCGCCAUGUCAAGGAUCAACAUACUCUGCUAAGCCUAAUGGCCUUCCUGUUUGCUCUAAUUGUACAAUGUGCAGUACUGUAAAUAGAUUAAGAGUAAAGACAAAGUGCACAAGGAAUUCAGAUACCGUUUGUGAGCCUCUGGAGGGAUUUUACUGUACUGAUGAACACAGGGGCAGCUGCAGAUAUGCUGUGGAACACAAAAAAUGCACCCCUGGACAAUACAUAAAGCAGAAAGGAACAGCAGUUAAAGAUACUGAAUGUGCAUUGUGUGAAAAUGGUACAUACUCCAAAGGCUCCUUUCAAAUUUGUAAACAACAUACAAAGAGAUUCACUCCAGCAGCUCUAAUAGCUGUCAUCAUAGCUGCAGUGGUGCCUACAGUUUUGACUUUGUUUGGAUUUGCUGCAUUUUAUGAAAUAAGACAUAACACGUCUAUGGAGGCUGCCUCCCUUGACUGCCGACUGGCUCACGCAGUUGUCAGAUAUCAUUAAGCAACGCGCUGCUGACCUAUCCGCUGGGGUCCAGAACAGCUUUCACUCACACCACAUAAAAAGUGGUUUUGCUGUAAAUUCCACCUAGUGUACAUUUAAAGUACUAUAGUAAUACUCUAAUGUAUCUGCUGUAUCAACAGAACAUUUGUUACCACUAAGAACACAGAGGGAAACAGAUUUAACCAAAGCCCUAAGAAAAGUUUUUCCCCUUGUAUUUUACAGUUUCAGUAUUUUUAAACAUUACAUAGCUGAUGCUAAUGUAUUUUAUUUUUAUAUUAAGCAGAUUAAUAGAAUUUUUAUUUUCAGAAUAGUUCUGAAAAUAAAAAGAACAGGAUACGAAAUGCAUGUGUGCAUUUCUGUGUAUGUGAUUGUGUUUAUGUUCUCUCUCUCUCUCUCU